AUGGCGUCGCUCGGCCAGACAGCGGCCAGCAUGCGCUCCAGGCAACACCACGAUAUCGACGAAAAGCCUUCUCUUUACAACGCUGGCGCACACAUCGACUCCAGCAGUGAUGCCGUCCGAGGCAAGUCCGCAAAGCUCUACUCGUCCUCAUCCGCCACCACACACAGCACCGGCCUUGGUCUCGGCAUCGGCGCCCAGCCAGGUGCGUCCGCAGCUGCUACCAAUGUCGUCUCCAGCAAAGAGUACCGUAUCAUCGCCGCACUCCUGGUCGUCGCGCUCAUCGUCCGCAUGCGCAAGCUGGGUCAGCCUUCCAGCGUUGUCUUUGACGAGGUCCACUUUGGCGGAUUUGCUUCCAAGUACAUCCACGGUCGCUUCUUCAUGGACGUCCACCCUCCGCUCGCAAAACUGCUCAUCACCCUUGCUGCCUGGCUCGGCGGCUUCAACGGCGAUUUCGACUUCAAGGACAUCGGCCGCGAGUAUCUGCACGGCAAGGACACCCCUGUACCUUACGUCAUGAUGCGCUCUCUCAAUGCCCUUCUCGGCGUCGCUACCGUUCCGCUCGCCUACCUCACCCUCCGCGGCUUGUCGCUUCGAGCGUCGACGGCCACACUCGGUGCCAUCUUUGUCCUCUUCGACAAUGCUCUCACCACACAGAGUCGACUCAUCCUUCUCGACUCCAUCCUCGUCUUCUUCACCGCCCUCACCGUCUACUUUUGGGUUGCAUUUUGCAACGAGGAGAAGCGUGCUCCUUUCUCCGCCCGCUGGUGGGCGCUCCUCUCGCUCACCGGUCUCAGCCUCGGCGCUGUCGCAAGCUCCAAAUGGGUCGGUCUCUUCACCAUUGCUACCAUCGGCAUCUCCGUCAUUGCACAGCUUUGGGAGCAUCUCGGCGACGUCCGACAACCCGUGCGCGUCGUUGCGCGCCACUUUUGCGCUCGUGCUCUCUGCCUCAUCACUCUGCCCAUCUUGGUCUACCUCGUGACGUUUGCCAUCCAUCUCGGCUUGCUCUGGCGCAGCGGCGAGGGCGAUCCUUUUAUGAGCAGCGCCUUCCAGCACACCCUGCACGGUCACUACAUGCAAGACACGUACGCAGACGUCGCUCUUGGCUCCACGGUCUCCAUCAAGCAUCUCAAUACGCAGGGUGGUUAUCUUCACUCCCACGUUGCUACUUACCCGGCUGGAAGUCAGCAGCAGCAGAUCACCCUCUAUCCACACUUGGACGACAACAACGAUUGGCUCAUCGUCAAGGCUCCCGGCCCAGAAGACCCUGCCGCCAAGCUCGACGAUAAAGGUCAUCCGCUUCGACCCGAAGAUGAGGUGACGCGCUUCCAUCAGCCGCCCAUUCGAUAUCUCACCCACGGUAUGGAAAUUCGCCUCAUCCACAAGAACACCGACAAGCGUCUCCACAGUCACGACACCAACCGUCCACCCGUCACCGAGAGCGACUACCAGAACGAGGUCACCGCCUACGGUUUCCCAGGUUUCGGCGGCGACGCCAACGACAACUUCCACGUCGAGAUCGUUGCCGGCGACAAGUCCGACCCGCCUUCCUCGACACGCGUUCGCUCGUUGAGGACCCACUUCCGAUUGCGACACACUCUGACGGGCUGCUACCUCUUCUCCCACAAAGUCACGCUUCCCGAUUGGGGUUUCGGGCAGCAGGAGGUGACGUGCAACAAGAACCCGACCAUGCCCAACUCGCUCUGGUACGUCGAGACCAACUCGCACCCGCUGCUUGAUCCUGAAGCGCACAACGAUAUGGUCAAUUACCGUCGUCCCACCUUCCUGGAACGAUUCUGGGAACUGCAGGCCGUCAUGUGGGAGACCAAUGCGGGAUUGACGGACAGGCAUGCGUACGAUUCGCGACCGCAGACCUGGCCCAUGCUCAAACGUGGGAUCAACUUUUGGACCAAGGACCACCGACAGAUCUACCUGAUUGGCAAUCCGAUCGUCUGGUGGGGUGCGUUCUUCUCUGUCCUAGCCUACUUCGGCGCAAGAGGACUUUUGCUCUUGCGUGCUCAACGCGGGUACAACGACCUCAAGGACAGCCGUGUGCGCUUCUACGACCAGACGUGCGGCUUCCUCGCGCUCGGUUGGUCGCUGCACUACCUUCCCUUUUUCCUGAUGAACCGUCAGCUCUUCCUGCACCACUACCUGCCAGCGCUCUACUUUUCCAUCCUGCUGCUUGCGGUGAUCUUCGAUUUCAGCACGUCGACGCUUCGACCUCGAUUCCGACUGAUCGCCGGAGUGGUGGUGACGGUGGUGGUUCUGGCCGGGUUCGCGCGGUAUACGCCGCUGACGUAUGGAUCGGACUGGACGCUCGCGGCGUGCGAGAAGGCGAGGUGGAGGAAAGGAUGGGAUUUCAACUGUGCCGAGUUCCCGAAGGAGUUGGUUGAGUUCAAGAACUUCCCGCCGAGCGUGCAGACGGUGGAGUGGGCGGAGGGGAAGAAUCAAAAGGUGGGUGGUGGGUUGAAUGCGACGCAGGAAGCGGGAGUUGCGGCGGAACCCGGAAGACACGCGUUCGACCAGGUACCCGUCCGGGCGAUGCAGUCUUCCGCCGUGGAAGCGAUCCAGCACCUCAAAGACGGGUUGCAGCACGAUCUCGACUAUGUGAAAGAAAAAGUUGGGUUGGGAGGGAAGGAGAAGGAAGCGGUCAAGGUGGAGGAUCCAGUUGCGGCGGGUAAGGCAGCUGAUCCUGCGGGGUUGGACCAACAGCAGAUCGAGCAGGUUAUGUUGGAAGGUACGGCGGAAGUCGUCGGUGCCGCGGUGGGGAGUUCGACGGUGGCAGCGCCCAAGACGGAGCCGAGUCAGCAGGCGGUGGCGGACAAGCAUGCGGAUGAGGAGGCGAACGAGGCUGCCGAUGUCGUGAAGGCUGAUAGAGAGGGUCUGGCUAAGGAUGUGUAG